AGAUUUAAUUUCUAAAAUCUGCUAGAGUGUUUGUUUUUUAAUUGAGAAGUUAUGGGAACAUCAACUGCCAAUGUUGUUGAGAUUCUUGCCUUGCUCAUUCUACUUCAAAGCGUUUCCUCCUUCUGCAAUGGAGAUAAUUUCAAUGGAAGCUGUAUCAAGACUGAAAGAGAAGCUCUUGUGAAGUUCAAGUCAAGCCUCGUCGACAAUUCAAACUCGUUGCCUUCAUGGGUGGGAGAUGACUGCUGCAGAUGGGACGGAGUCACUUGCGAUGACAUAACCGGUCAUGUAGUUAACCUCGUUCUUUCUUGGACGUCCAUCAGGGGAAACAUUUCCCUUCAUCUUGGAAAUCUUUCAAACUUGCACUAUCUUGAUCUCAGUUUGAAUCCUUCAUUGGCAAUCCACAGCCUCCAUUUUCCAUCUUCUUUGAAAUACUUGAACUUGACCUAUGUGCUCCUGGACAAGUGUGAAAAUUGGUUGCAGUCAAUAAACAUGCUUCCUUCUUUAUUAGAAUUACAAUUGAGGAAUUGUGAGCUUUCCAUCAUUGGUGAUGUUUCACAUGUCAAUUUUACAUCUCUUGAGGUUCUCGACCUUGGAUUGAACAACUUCCAUUCCACAAUCCCUAGCUGGUUAUAUAAUAUUACCAAACUUCAAAAUCUUGUUCUACAAGAUAAUGCUUUCCGAGGGUCUCUUUCCACUGAUAUCAGUAAUCUUAAUUCUCUUGCUUCCCUUGAUGCGGAUUUUAAUUCUUUAGAAGGCAACAUACCCAACACGUUGAACAGGCUUUGCAAUUUGAUUGAGCUACACUUGGGUUACAACAAGUUCGGCGGUGAGAUUUCCGGAACUUUUGGCAACUCAUCCGGUUGCAUCAAAAACAGUUUAGAGAAUCUGAUUCUUUUAAACAAUUCCUUUUCUGGUAGUAUUCCAGAUAAUUUGGGCCAAUUUAAACGCCUGAAAGGUCUUUUUCUUUCUAAAAACUCUUUCUGGGGUUCAAUUCCUGUAUCCAUUGGACAGCUUUACAACCUUGAAACACUAGGUUUGAGUCAGAAUUCAUUGCAUGGGAAAGUUUCUGAACUUCACUUGUUAAACCUGAGAAGCUUGAUGGGUUUGAGUAUGGAUGGGAAUUCUUUAGUUUUUGAUAUAGAUCCCGAAUGGAUACCUCCUUUUCAACUUCACUCGAUUGGUUUAUCAUCUUGUGAAGUAGGGCCUUCGUUUCCACAGUGGCUCAAAACACAAAAGAGCAUUAGAUUUCUAGAAAUGUCUAAUGCAAGCAUCUCAGAUAACAUCCCUGACUGGUUUGAAAAUAUUUCUUCCAAUAUUGUACGAUUGGAUUUAUCUUAUAAUCAGUUGUUUGGGACCUUACCAACUUUCAGAAAACUGAACACAACUUAUGCUAGUUAUUUAAGGUUCAUAUUGUUGAAAUCUAACCAGUUUGAUGGUUUUUUAACCUGUUCUCAUUUUGAUGCAACCAUAUUGGAUAUCUCCAACAACUUGCUCCACGGCCAGAUUCCCCAGAAUAUCAGUGAUACGAUGCCAAGUCUGCGACUCUUAUCCCUCUCCAACAACUACUUGAAUGGUACAGUUCCAGCUACUUUAUGCAGGAUUGAAUCUUUACAAAUUCUUGAUCUUUCGAAUAAUCAUCUAUCAGGAAGAAUACCUUCAUGUUGGGGAAAUUUGCCAAGUUUAACUGUGAUUGAUUUUUCAAGUAAUAUGCUGAGUGGUGAGGUUCCAAUGUCCUUGGGUUCUCAAGAGUCGCUUGUUUCCCUGCAUUUGCAAAACAAUACUCUGCAAGGAAAGAUCCCAAUGUCAUUAAGGUAUCUAGAAUCCUUGGAGACUCUUGAUCUUAGCAUGAAUUCUUUUGAUGGUUUUAUUCCUUCAUGGAUAGGUGAGAGCCUAUCUUCUCUUAAAGUACUGAGUAUUCACUCUAAUAAAUUUGAAGGUGAGAUUCCUCUGCAGCUUUGCUACCUUGCUUCUCUUCGCAUAUUGAACUUGGCAAAUAACAUGAUGACUGGAACCAUACCUAAUUGUUUUGGCAAUUUUACUGCAAUUGCUAUGCAUGAGCAGAAAGGGCAUUGGGACUAUUACCCUAAAGGUGUACCCCUUCUUUAUGUAACAGCUGGCUAUGGUGAGAAUGUGCAGGUUUAUGUAAAAGGAAUAGAGCUUGAAUAUACUAGAACACUUCAAUUUCUGUAUUCCAUUGACCUUUCAGGAAAUAACUUUGUUGGAGAAAUUCCCCAGGAGUUGAUGAAUCUUUCAGGUCUACAAAUCCUGAAUCUAUCUACAAACAAAUUGUAUGGACAUAUCCCUUGGAACAUUGGCAAGUUAAGCUCACUAGAAUCACUUGACUUGUCUGAAAAUGAACUUUCUGGCUCUAUUCCAUUCAGCAUUUCUGAUUUGAACUUUUUAAGUCACUUGAAUUUGUCAUUCAAUCACUUAUCUGGACGAAUUCCAAAGGGAAACCAACUUCAGACUUUGGAUGACAAAUCCAUCUACAUCGGCAACGAUGGACUUUGUGGACCUCCAUUGAAUAACUGUUCAGAUGAUGCAGAUGAAUUGCCUAAAGGUCAUGAAAAAGGUGGCACUACGAGGAAAGAUGACUCUGAAAUGGUUUGGUUCUACAGUGGUAUGGGAAUGGGAUUUGCGGCUGGAUUUGUUGGAGUUUGUAGCAUCUUGUACUUCAACGACUCAUGGAGGUGUGCUUGGUUUGGGUUAGUUGACAGAGUCUACAACAAGCUUUGGGUAACAAUUGCAAUUAAGGCAAAUCAAGUGAAGAGAAAGUUUCUCAGAAACAAAUUAGAAGGAAAUGCAUGAGAAGUGUUUAAUGUAGGAUUCAAGGUCGUUUGAGACUGCAGCAGAUGUUGAGCUAAAUUUAAAUAAAGCCCCUCCUCCAUUCAAGGUUUGAUGUUUGGAAGGCUGGAAGAUUUUCUUUAAAGGGGAUGUGUUUUUGUGUGAUUGUUUCCAGGAUUUGAUAUCCUUAAGCUUUUUCUAAGACAUGAAAUGUAGUUGAUUGUGUAAUAAAGCUAUAUUUAAUUAGUAAAACAAUUUUAGUA